AUGGAACAUGGGAAGGUGGGAGCUUCGGGACAAGGCAAUAUUGUCGAAGGUCAAGCUCGAUCAGGCUCUCGCUACAAUGUCCUCAGCCAGGAAGAGGAGACAACUGCCUCAUCUCAACAGAGGGUAAACCUGGAUAGGAGCCAUAAGGAAGCAAGUCGGGAGAAGUUCAACCAGCAGCGUUCCACUACUGCCACCCCGGCACCAAAAUUGCACCAAGUAUGGGUAGAAAAAUCAGCGGCUCACAACAGUAGUCUGGGGGAGACAACGGGCCAAAAGACGAGUGCGACACCGAGAAGUAUGCCCCCGACCCAAGAAGCCCCCACGCCAGCGGAACCGAACCAGACUGAGUCCUCGUUCGUCGAACAUGUCACUGCCGCGGACAGGGAGAAGUGCUCGACAAAGAAUUUAACGGGUGGCAAUCUAACAGAGGGGCAUGCAGGAGCCAGAGUGGAGAAUCGCAAUCAGCUGGGGGACACGCCUAUCGCCAUGCAAGCCAUGCACACAAACCCAUCGAAUGAGGAACCAAUUUCUAUGAGCGUGGACUUCGAAAACCAAGCAGUGAGUGGGAACCGGGAUAUUAUCCCUACGGGGGUGCCCCCAACCUCGCUCUAA